ACUCUGGGCGACCUUCCAUUCCAUGCCUGCGGGGGUAUACGCUGUGACGUGCAAGUGCGGUGCUCUGUACGCCUCACCCGACACGCCCAUGGCGUGCAUCAGUUGCGGACAGGCGCGCAAGUCAUACUCUGGCAUGUCAUCGACUGUGUAUGCUGUGCUGGAUGCGAUGGCAAGUGAUGAUGGAGGCGUUGUCGAUGCUGAUGUGGUGUUGGAUACUGCUGUGCUUGUCGAUGUCGCCGAACUGUGGUCGCAAGGAAGAGUGGCCAGCGAGGCAAAGGCUCUUGCUGCUCGUGUUUGGUCCAUGCUGGAUGACCUCGUGAUGUCGACUGCGCCUGAAAAGCCUGCUUCAUCGACGCCUGCUGAAGCUACCAGCCAGACUAGCGCAGGGGCAGGCGUAGAGGCAGGCGCAGAGGCUGGUGUUGAGCCUGCGAAUGCAGGCAGCGAGCCCGAGACAGCAGGCGGUGGAGAUGAUGGAGCUGGGGACGAGCUACGGGCGUCGCUGGCAGCCAUGGGGUACAGUGCAGCAGAAAUUGCUUUUGCCAUGGGCAAGGGCGCGCAGAAUGUACGCCAGGCGAUCUCGUUUCUCGACGAGCUUGCCACGCCAGCCACCAUUGACAUGACCCAGCUUCGCAGCAUGGGCUUUGAAGAAUCCUCGAUCAACGACGCCAUCGCAGCAUGCGGCAAUGACCAGUCCGCCGUCAUGGAGUGGUUGCUCGCACGUAUGUAGCUAUGCCAGACUGCCCUCUUCCGGUUGCUCCUCGCAGCUCGAGCUGCGGCAAAGUCUUCCCCUUUUGGGGUAGGUAGCAGAUAGCCUCAACCCGACCCGAUUCGUAUGCUCGAACUGCGCAAUCCAUUACAAGCCCGCGCCUCACCUC